ACAGAGUAAUUUUGAGUAUACUUUUCAGAGCCAUGAACUACUACCACAGGAGAUAAGCUCAAAAGGACCUAAGAAACCAUUUGCUGUAAUUCUUAUUGAUGAGAAAACUGCGUUUCUGGAGAUGUUAAGUAAAAUUGCAUGUGUCUUACAGAUGGUGGUCUUCUAGAGCUAUGGAGGGGGAGAACUACUGAUGAGAAGUACCAGAGAACCAGGGAUGAAGUGUGUUGCCCACAGAAGCAAAGCCAUCACAUGCCCUUCUUCUUUGUUCUAGGACAGACUCUAGCACAUAUUUUGGUCUAUAUCUUUCUGUUGUUCAUUGGUGUGUGUUAACCACAAAAGGAUUAUUUCCAUUCAUUACAUCAAAAAGUGUGUUUAAAAGUUAACUUUUAGUUAACUAUUCCUAAGUACUAUUUGCUAAGUUCUUAUGUAUUUAGUACCAUAGUGUCAUUUUCCUUUUGAUAUUUCUGUGACAUGGUUGAUUAUGAUCAUCUAAAAAUUAGCAUUCCAGUCCAGAGUCUUGGCUGUCAUUACCAUGUUCCAUACGAACAUGGAUAAAGCAUGUUGAAUUAGCAUAUUAAGUAUGCAAGUCCAAGCACACAGGAGGAGCUGCCUCUCUAGGAGGCAGGGGCAGCAGCCUGUCCUAAGUGUAUAGAAGCCAGCACUUGCAUCACUGAGCAAAUGACAUACUUAGCUGCCUUCAGAACUUGAGUAUUUUCUCAGCAGUAGAGCCUCAAGUGUGGGACAUCCGGGCUCUUAAUGGCACAACUACAUGGUCCAAGUCCCUUGGUAUUAAAAUGGUACCAUAAGAAAAAACAAAAAAACAAAAAACCUGGGAGUGACCUUAAAAUUAGGGCAGGAAUUUGAAAUAAAAAAAAAAAAAAAAAGGAUUCAGUGCAGGGGAAUAAAUGUCCUGAGGUAUGAUGGGAAAUGACCAACCCAAGAUUCCAGUUUGUAGAGGAUGGAACAUGAACCCAUGUCUGGUAUGGUUCAGGAGACUGUAGCCUCUACUCUUAGCCCCUUGAGUGCAGUGAGCUAGAGGCAACCAGGUGUGGUCCUGUUUCACAAGCUCUGAAGUGAGGACUGGACAGGGAUUCUGGUUCUACCACUUUGCAAACGUUCUCUGCCUCAUGUCCUCUUGCAGAAAAUGGGGACAACACUAGCAAAAAUUUAGUGGAGCUCAGAGUUAAUGGAUAGAAAGUGCACAGGAAGUACGGCACCUAGCACAAUAAAUGGAGCUCCUCUCCAUCCAGGCAGCUGGCCUGUGUGGCAACUUUCUCACCUCGUCCCAAACCCAGAAUCACCUGGUAAGAUACUAUGAUAAGUAGUACACUUUGAAAAGUACAAUACUCUACACAACAAACAGAGGAUAUCAUUAUCAUUAAAGGCAAAGAGGAAAGCUCUGGAGUCUAAAUACUUGGGAGUCUGAGAAGAAACUAUGAAAGGCUCACGUAGCUAAGAACAUAAACAGAUUCUUGAUGGGUACAUUUAAUUGCAACGGCGGUCACUUAAACUGAAACUUAAGGGGUUUUAGUUCGGAAACUGCCUACACUGUACCUUCCGAUAACUCAAACCAGGUAUAGGCUAGCCCUGAGGCCCUAACUGGGCAGGGGUGGAGGAGGGAGUUGAGGGGAGAGGUAGGGGUGUCCUGAAGGUGGGGAGAACAGGUUCUCUCAGGAGGGGUCCACUGACCAGGAGCGGGGAUGAGGGAGGCGAAGAAGUUUAUCCAUCAAUCAGCCAAACCACCACAGAUAAAUCAAGUCCUGCCCCCAAGCCCUAGAAGGGCUAGUGGAUUCAUCGCGGGUAUUUCGAGGGAAAGAGAGCGGCAGCUGGGAGGUAAAACGGUGGGGGGCUGGAGAGGUGGGGCGGGGCUCCUCACAGGCCCCUCCGGCGUCCCUGCUUGGCGGAGGCGCUGGAACGUGCAGGCGCUGGCGUCCGGGGCGGCAUGGGGCGCGCCGGGCGAGUCCCCGCUUGCAGGAAGCGCGGGGGGAGCCCCUCAACCUUCCUCCGUCCCCGGGCAGGUGGAACGGGUUCGCGCCUCGCGACCCGGGGAGAGAGGCCCUAGGGGCGAGCGGGGGGGCGGGGCGGGGGGCCGGGCUCGACGCGUCUGUCAUUGGCCUCUCGGAGCCGCCCCGGCGCGCGCCGCUUUUAUAAAGCAACCACGCUAGCCCGCAGGUCUCCAGCCAAGCUCCCAACUGCCCGCUCUGCUCAGCUCGCUCGGCCCGCCCGCCCGCGCCCACCAUGGCCACCAUUCAGCAGCUGGUAGGAAGAUGGCGCUUAGUGGAGAGCAAAGGCUUUGACGAA